GCUAGGGUGCGAGCGAGAAGGAAGUUCAGAGGCAAGUCCGUUUCUCGCUGUCGCGCAUUUUCAAUCGCAAAUUAAAAAGGUCCAAUCCGUGUUUUAUUGCUUCUGCACUGGAAAAUAAUUCUGAAACAAGCCAAUUAUCAACUGAAACAGUAAUUUCAGCUAACUAAGCAGUUCGUUUGUGAGACCCAGCGGCUAACAUUGUUUUGCGUUGUUGCUGCUUUUUCGUGCAUUUCAAUUUUCUCACGCACACUACGAGCCACACAGGCCACUGCAACAGCAAUACAAUACAGAUAGAAAAUUGUGCAAAACGUGUGACGUGACGACAGCGGGGGAGGGAGCUGGGCGUGCGGAAAAGUGGCUGUUGAAAGCGGAUUCAUUGUUUUUGUGUGUGCUGCUGUGUGUGGCGGCGGGCGCGCUGCUCACUAAAUUAAUAUUAAAGUGUUUUCUUGCUUCAUCCGCGGCGGCGAUGGCGGCAUCAGCGUAGCGUCGUCGUGAUGGCUACUUUUCGUAUACAAAUUCAACAGCGCUGCCAGCUGCUCAUUUGGCGAAGAGUGUAAACAAAGCAACGUACGCACACGAACUCAUACACACACACAAACACUCAAGAAACAACAACUGCGGCUGUGACGGCGACGUCUGCGUCGACGUCCUUCACCUUGCCUUGCGCCUGCUGCUGCGGCUGCCUGCUUGGCUGGGUCUCGCAUAUUGAAUUUCACAUCUCCAACAUCAUCAUCAUCGUUCGUCGUGGUCUCUUUUGUCUUGGGCAACCUGUUCCAGUCCAGACAGGAAGUUUAGCAGAGUGCAGCAGCCAACGGAAGCAGCAGAAAACGCUUCGCUGCCGCUCCGCGGCUGCAGCUGUCUCUCGAAAUCAACUGAAUUUGCACAUCUGCAGCUCGGAACAUGGCCUCUCCUGUCGUCGUCGAUGGCGGGCAUAGCGAAACGGCCUGGCUGGAGGAUCUGCUGCGCGAGGUGCAGCUGGAGCAGUUCCUGGAGAGGAUACGCGACGAUCUGCAGGUAUCGCGCCUGGCCCACUUCGACUAUGUACUGUCCGAAGAUCUGGAGCGAUGUGGCCUGGGCAAGCCCGCCAUACGACGCUUGUUGGAGGCGGUGCGCAAAAAGAAGGCCCAUCAGUGGCGCAAGAACAUCCUGUCCAAGCUAAUUGGGGGUGGCAAACAGCCCUCGUCCAAGAAGCAGGCGUCCGCAGCGCGGGACUCGACCCAGGGCAAUGGCACGCAGCUCACCUGCCUCAUCCAUGAGAAGGACAUCACCAUGGGCCUGAAGCUGGGCGACGGCUCCUUCGGCGUUGUGCGACGCGGCGAAUGGAGCGCCUCCCCAGCGGGCAAGGUGAUACCGGUGGCCGUCAAGGUGCUAAAGUCGGAUAACCUCACACAGCCGGGCAUUAUCGAUGACUUCUUCCGCGAGGUGCAGGCCAUGCACGCCCUGGAUCACUCCAAUCUGGUGCGGCUGUACGGCGUGGUGCUGUCCCAGCCCAUGAUGAUGAUCACGGAGCUGGCCGAGCGGGGCUCUCUACUCGACACGCUGCGCAAACAGUGCCGGCACACGGCUCUCACCCACAUCUGGAACUGGUCCGUUCAGAUAGUGACUGGAAUGGCAUACCUCGAGCAGAAGCGCUUCCUGCAUCGCGAUCUCGCCUGUCGCAACGUGCUACUGGCCGCUGGCAACAAGAUUAAGAUCGGAGACUUUGGCCUGAUGCGCGCUUUGCCCCAGGAGGACGACUGCUACGUCAUGUCGGAGCACAAGAAGGUCCCAUUCCCGUGGUGCGCCCCAGAAUCGCUGCGCUUCCGCCAGUUCUCGCAUGCCUCGGACACUUGGAUGUUCGGCGUGACCCUGUGGGAGAUGUUUAGCUUCGGCGAGGAUCCCUGGGUGGGCCUGAAUGGCUCCCAAAUCCUCAGAAAAAUAGAUCGCGAGGGCGAGCGCCUGCAUCAGCCAGAUGCGUGUCCGCCGGAUGUCUACGCCAUGAUGCUGCAGUGCUGGGACAAGACCCCUGCAGAGCGUCCCACCUUUGCGGCUCUCAAAGAAUACUUGGUCAGCAUGUCACCGCCGCUGAUGCGAGCCGCCCGCGUCUAUCACGACUCGAAGGGGCUGAAAAUAGAGGCUGGCGAUACCAUUGCAAUCAUCGAUGGACGGCCCGAGCUGAAGCUGAUCAAGGGUCAAAACCAGCGCACAUUUGAGAUUGGCAUCUUCCCAAGAAACUUACUGGAACAGCGUAAGGCGGCAUCCAGCGGCGAUGUGGUGAUGCGUAGCAGUGCCGGCAACGGCUCCCCGUUCGGCUUCUGCUGGGGUGGUGGAGCCGGGGCCAUGGCCAACGGAGAGGAGCGUCAGCGAAAGUGCGCCUCUCUGUCGAACCAGAGUCAUGCCAAGGAGCGAAAGUCCACGACCAGCAAGCAGUUUGCCUACAACAAGCUAAUCAACGAUUCGGCCGGACUCCAGCGACGCAAUGCGGUGAAGCAAAAGGGGUCUGUAGGGAAGGCUACAGGUGUGACAGUUGGUGGACCACAGCGGCCGCCGCCGCCCCAGUUCCAGCAGGAGGGAAUACUCAUUGACAUUUCGCCGGAGGUGCGACCCUCCGCCGGAGGAGCAGGCGGCGACAGCUCAUCCAUGCAGAUGGACAGCUCCUUCUGCAUACUGGAUGCCCCUAUAGAUGUGCCCACAUUUUGUGACGUGGAAGGAUCGCUGAAUGUAUCUCCAACAUAUUUCGAUGAGCAGGCGCAAUUUGAGUUCGAUCCAGCCAACCUGACUGCCUCGCCGGGACGCCUGCAGCCGCCUCCAUACCAAAUGCCGCCCACUUAUUCCAACACGAUGGAGUUUGCCCAGAAGCGAGAGCUAAACCAGCAGCAGUCGACGCCAGUCCGGGAGCGGGAUCCCUUCGACACCAGCAGCCUGGAGCGAGCAGUGACACUCUACUCGAAUCUAAACCAAUCUCUUGGGGCGGCGCCAUCGCCAGCCCCCAUCUAUAAUAGUCCCUCGGUGAGGAAGAGCCUCUUUGGCGGUUCCAACUCGAAUAAGGAGAACAUGCCUGCCCUGGAGUCGGCAGCCAUGCAGCUGAAUCUCAGUAAUCUCUCGCUGGAGAGGACCGACCCGAUCACCGCAAUUGCCAGUCUCCCCAUGGAGCCUUUGCCGGCAGCACCAACUCCGGCCAACACGGCUGAGAGCGUACUGUUGGACAAGUCAUUUAUUGCCGAGCUGGAGAAGGACAUGUACAGCAAUGGCCAGAACAGGGCCCAGGAGGAGUACCAACGCAACUCCACGCAAGUGUAUGCCAACAAGGAUAUGGUGUACAAACAGAAUCUCACGCCCCUCAAGAACGGAUGCGCCACUUCGAAUCAUUCCAGCCCCUCGUCGAACAACUCGCCCAAGCAGAACAACGUGGAGGCAGCUGCCGCCGUCGCAUCCACCCAGAGUGUGGUUAAUCGCAUCUGGUACGAGCAGGUGGCGUCAACGCCUUCGGAGUACUACGCCCAGCCGCCAGCAGAGCAGCCAGAGGAGCAGAUAUACCAGAACCACCAGCAGCCGCAGCAGCACCAACAGCAGCCGGAGACGAACCAUUCGUUCGUGGCCAUAUCGAAUCGCGUGGUGGCGCCCAAGAACAAUGUGUACGCCUCUUCCGCCUCGCUCUAUGAUGCAGUGGCGGCCAGCACUGCUGGAUCAACCUACUAUGGUCAGGUACCAAAUGGGGGCAGUGGGCCUGCGAUCUACGAUGAGGUCACUCUCGAUGAUUACCUUCGACCGCAUCGACCAGCUCCCCUGGCUCCGCCGCCGCUCUCAGCCCAGCAAAUCCACAGGCGGAUGGAGAAAAUGCGACAGCAGCAUCUUCAGGACCUGGAGGGAGCCCACCAGCUAUAUGCGCCCGUCCCCUCAGACUGUGGACGCGAGCAGGAGAAACUCCAGCAGAUGCUGCAGGAGUUGGGCAGCGCGGCCGUCGAACUGGAGGUGCGCAAUGCGCUGCGGGCAGCCGGUGGGGAUGUGUCCUUGGGCACGCGCCACUACAAGAUCGAUCAGCUGUCGCGACUGGGCGUGGCCGGCAGGGGUCAAUGCGAGCAGGCCCUGCAGCAGAGCAACUGGAGCCUGGAGGUGGCUGCGGAACUGCUGCUGCAGAGUGCUGGCUAGCGCUGCUAGCUGGCCUGUACCAAUGUCGCUUAGUUAGUUUAGUUAAUGCCUUAGAGCGCAGAUCAACAAGCCGUUGCAGGGCGUGUUUUAGUUUUAUUUGCUGAACCUGAAUGCUGGGAACGAUCUCGGCGGAAUCUGUGUCUACAAUUAGUAACUAUGUCUCGAAUCUUUGUCAAAAUACUCCUAAGUGAAUGCACGAAGCAAACACACAAUGUCAACGCAACGACUGUACGAUAUGUUUUAUUUUAUGUAAGCGAUGCGAUCAUAUAAAACGAUUUUAUAAGUGUUAUAUUCAACGACUGCAUAAUCCAAAUGCAAAGGCCACUAGAAUUAUUUACACAACAGGCGAUAAAGAUACGAAACGAAACGAAUCGGAUUGGGGCAUGAACGUGAAUGUAUGCAACCAUUUGUUUUUAAAUCAAAAUAAAGUAUAUCUAAUUGUUACAAAA